AUGUUCCCGCAGCACGGGGGUCUCCGCCGAAGGUCAUCGCCGUUCGACAAUGGUGGCCGCAUCCGGCGUCUCCCCCGGCGGCGGCUGCCGGUGGCUGUCGCAACGGCGCGGCCGCUGCUGUGGGUGGGCGUGACGCUGGCGCUGGCGGCGGCCGAGGUGGCGCAGGGCGGCCUUCUGGGCGGCGGCGGGGGCGGCGCCGGGGGCUACGGACGCGGGCCAGCCGGGGGCGGCGCUGGAGGCUUCGGCGGACCGGGCGGCGCGGGGGCGGGCGGCUUCGGCGGCGGCUACGGCGGCGGAGCUGGAGGUGGAGACGGCCCAGCGCAGCCCUACCAGUUCCAGUACGCGGUCAAGGACCCGGCUAGCGGCAACGACUUCAGCCAGCAGGAGAGCAGCGACGGCCAGACGGUAACGGGGCAGUACCAGGUGCUGCUGCCCGACGGCCGCAACGAGGUGGUCAAGUACACGGCCAGCGACGCCACGGGCUACGUGGCCGACGUGCAGUUCCAGGGCGAGGCGCAGUACCCGUCCGGGGGCGGUAGCAGGCCCGGCGGCGGCUUCGGAGGCGGCGCCGGAGGCGGCUUCGGGGGCGGCGCUGGUGGCGGUUUCGGGGGCGGUCCCGGCUCCAACGUGUACCUGCCACCCAGCGGCAAGUAG